AUGAUCGCGACCAACAUGAUCAAGGAUGUGCGAGUCCCUCUCAAGUCGGGUGGAGCAACUACAUGUCGAGGAUGUCAACAAGGGAAAAUCCAAAAACCAUUUCCAAGCAACCGAGACAAGCGCAGCUACGAUACGUUUGAGCUACUUCAUCUGGACAUCUGCAGGCCCAUGGAAAAGGAUUCGCUUGGUGGCAGCAAAUAUUUGCUGCUGAUCAUCGACGAAGCCAGUGGAUGCAUGAAGGGCUUUUGUCUACGAGUGAAGUCCGAGAGUGAAGACUACAUCCGGAAAUAUAUCACCAUGGUACAGACGCAAUUCUGUAAGAAGGUCAAGUUCGUGCGACACGACGGAGCUCGCGAGUUUGCAACCAACUCGCUUCAGCUGUUCUACAAAGACGAAGGCAUUGAACAGCAGACAACGGUGCCGUAUGCACAUCAAACAAACGGAACAGCAGAGCGUGCCAUUAGGACUAUUGUCACGAUCGGCCGCAGCAUGCUUCAUCAUGCCAAACUGGACAAGUGUUUCUGGGCCGAAGCAGCGAUGACGGCCAUCUACGUCAAGAAUCGACUGCCGUCACCUAAAGUCGUGCACAAGACCCCGUUUGAGAUCGUCUACAACUUGAAACCAAGCAAUCGACUCAAGUGGGAUCCAAAGGCUCGCGCUGGCAUAUUCGUGGGCUACGAAGAAGUUUCGAAGGCAUAUCGUGUUUAUGACAUCGAGGCGGGGCAGGUGGUUAUCAGCCGCGAUGUCAACUUCGACGAGUCCACCUUUAGACUUCAACUGCCGAUCACUGAUGAAGAUGUCGAUGACCUGGACUUCGAAUUGCUGGAUCUUGAUGACGAAGAGCUGCGUCAAAUGGAGUACAAGCAAACAGGCAAGCGCAAGAAUCGACUCAAUGAUGAAGAUACAGCAGCUCCACGACCGCGUGCAGUGCGUCAACGACCAGGACUAGAAGAGUCAAACGCGCCGGAAAACAACUCGUCACGCCAAGAAGAAGACGAAGAAACGAAGGAUUCUGGUGAUUCAACACCGCCUGUGUUUUGGCGUGCGAGUGCAAAUGCCGUUGAAGCAGCAGUGGACUUAUCAGAGCCCUCAACAUUUGAAGCAGCAGUAAGCGGCCCUGACCAAGUGCACUGGAGAAAAGCAAUUCAUGCAGAGCUCGAGUCAAUGCGACUUCGCGGUGUGUUUCGUGCAGCCAAGCUGCCCAACGGACAACGCGCCAUUGGCACAAAAUGGGUGUUCAAGAUCAAGCGUAAAGCGGAUGGAUCUAUCGAGAAGUACAAGGCACGACUUGUGGCCAAGGGUUUCCGCCAAAAGUAUGGCAUCGACUACACGGAGACGUUUUCGCCUAUGGUCAAGUAUGUGACGCUGCGAAUGGUGAUCGCAAUUUCCAAGCAUUUUGGAUGGCCCAUCGACCAGCUUGAUGUGGUGACAGCUUUCCUGUAUGGCGUCAUGAAGGAACAAGUGUUCUGCGUGAUUCCUGAAGGCGUCGAACUUGACAGUACGUUCGACUGCCUGGAAUUGGUGAAGUCAAUUUACGGCCUCAAGCAAGCGUCGCGAGUGUGGAACGAGACGUUCGACGAGUAUGUGUGCUCCAUCGGAUUUCAAGUAUCGGACUUCGACCCAUGUCUCUACAUCAAGACUUCGGACGGCCAUUGCGUGUUUAUACUGGUCUACGUGGACGACGUCUUGGUGACUGGAAGCUCUCUCGAGCUGAUUUUACAAACCAAGAACGACCUGAAGACGCGGUUCGAGAUGACGGACAGCGGCAAGUGUGCGUUUGUUCUUGGGAUCGAGCUUUUGGACGAUGAAGAUGGCAGUGUGACACUAUGUCAGCGUCGGUAUGUCGAUGAUAUCCUCAAGCGCUUUGGCAUGGAUGAUUGCAAGGCAGUCGCAAGUCCAGUCGACAUGAGCUCUCGACUUGUUUCAAGUGAUGCAACUACCAAGGUCGAUGCUCCUUUUCGCGAAGCUGUUGGUGCGUUGAUGCACCUGACCACUUCAACGCGUCCGGACAUUGCGUUUGCUGUGGGCUAUGUGUCGCGGUUCAUGAAAAAUCCCCAAGAAGAACACUGGGUUGCAGUUAAGCGUAUCUUUCGCUACCUACAAGGCACUAAGACGCAUGGAAUUUGCUACAAGCCAAGUGCAAGGAUCGACUUCCGUGGAUAUUCGGAUGCGGAUUGGGCUGGUGAACUUACCGACCGCAAGUCAACAUCGGGGUACACGUUCAUGCUACUCGGUGCGCCAGUGAGUUGGGGCAGCAAGAAGCAGCCAAGUGUUUCGUUGUCCACGACUGAAGCUGAAUACAUCGCACUCAGCUUGGCGAUUCAAGAGGGCAAGUGGAUUCAUCGUCUGCUUUGUGAGAUCGUGAUGGCUGCCAAUGAAGAAGGACCGGAACUCAUGAUUCAUGAAGACAAUCAGUCAUGUAUCAAGAUGACGAAGAACCCGGUCAACCACGGCCGUGCCAAGCACAUUGAUAUCAAGUACCAUCACAUCCGUGAUGAGGUCAAGCGCGGUGAAGUGAAGCUCAAGUAUUGUGAAACUGCGGUGAUGUUAGCGGACAUCAUGACGAAGGGACUUCAUGGACCACGCCACAAGGAGAUGACGACGGCUCUCGGGAUUCGUGAGCAUUCGGAUUGA